CCCAACAGCCAGCAUUCCUUUUGAUGUAGCUAGCUAGCUGUAGCUAAACUCUCUGUGGUCUGACUCUGACAAUCAACAGGUUAGUGUUUUAGUUAAUAUAGUUACUGCACGUUAGUUAGCUUUAAUUUCACACAUGCUUGCGUGAAUUAGCCGUGACCUCCUUUGUAUUUGUCUUUAAGCUAUCGUCCUUAGUAACUUUAACCGUUACCCAUCUGGGCUUUGAUUUUAGCGUUUGCUAAUUAGCAUUGAGUUAGCAGGGUUAAGUAUGUUUCCACCUAGGUUAGCAGUAGCUAACGACUCCUGCACGCGUGGAAACACAGCACAAGUCUCCUUGAACCGAACCGAGUCUUGCAAAUUACGUUAAGUUAGCUGUAGCGACAGUCCCCGCUGUGCUUGUCUCUGCUACAAAUCCAGUUUAAAUGUGGCGGUUUGCAUUUGUGAAGUCACGACGUGGGAGGCGCAGCACUGAGCCAACUGAGGCUAGGUUGCCAGGCAACAAAUAAUCCAGAAAAUAAGCAACGUAUUUUUAUUUUACACUAACGUUUAUCAAAACUUAAUAUUUUAUAUUAUAUAAGUAUAUGUAGCAGUGUGUAUUACAUAAUAGCACUAAAACAGUAAGAUUACAGAAUUUUCAACUGGUAGCUACCUCUUAACCCCACGUUAGCAUAACGUUACCAUUUGUACAGUCAGUUACCAUGGUAACAAUCCACAAGCUAUAGCUAACGCUAGCUAAGUCCAUAUAACCAACUAGCUAGCUAGCUAAACAACGCGAAGUAACGGUCGGUCAUGUUCAGUUCUGUGCAUCGUAAUCGCAUCAAAAUCGUACUAAUGAAACGCUAACACGCUUUAGGUGCUAAUAACUCCGAGGACGUCCUGCUUUAAGAAAUGGGAGAGCCGCCUGUGGUGAUCCUCCAGCACCUGGUGAGUGGCAGGUAGUGACGGUGCAAAGGCAGUGUUGUUCUCUCGUGUACAAUGAAGAAGAUAUUCAGCUUUACUAAGAAAAAGAAACAGCCGUCGGGUACUCCUGACAAUGGGAGUGUGCUUUCUGUUGGCUAUGAACUGAAAGAAAAGGACCUCGGGAAGGUUCACAAGGCUGCCUCAGUGGGAGAUUUGGCAAAGUUGAAGCAGCUUGCUAAAAAGAAUGAUAUCAAUCAACUUGACAAGGAGAACAGAACUGCACUUCAUAUUGCCUGCGCCAUUGGACAUGUUGAGGUGGUGCAAUUCCUCAUUGAGAGCAAAGCCAAGCUUAACCUAUGUGACAAUCAAAAUAGAUCCGCCUUAAUGAAGGCAGUGCAAUGCCAGCAUGAGCGCUGUGUGAGCAUACUGGUGGAGAAUCAUGCCGAGCCUAACCUGGUGGAUAUCAAUGGUAAUACAGCCCUACAUUUAGCAGCAAAUAUCCCAUCCAUUUCCACUACUGUCCUGUUGCUGGAGCAUGGGGCUGACAUCAAUGCUCAAAAUAAGGAGGGAUUCACACCCUUGACUGUGUCAGUCCGUGAGGACCAUAUCGAGAUGGCAGAGUUUCUCCUAAAGGAGGGUGCUAGUGUGAAUUUUAUGGACCAAAGCCAAAGGUCCCCAUUAAUGAUAGCUGCUGGGAAUGGACAAAUCAGUAUGUUGCGGCUGCUCUUGCGGUUUGACGCAGAUAUCACACUAAAGGAUACCAAAGGAUGGUCAGCUGAUGACUAUGCAGUGAUGAAUGGGCAUCAUCCUUGUUCUCUCCUCAUCAUUGAGCACAGUACCCAGAGGAAUGAUGGGCCCUCCCUAUCACAUCAAGGUUCGAGCAAAAAGAAGACAAAGCCGCUGAUGGGCAGUCCUUCCCAAGUUGUUGAAGCCGGCUUCUCUUUGGGAGGACCAGCCACUGACAAAGAUGAUUUUGAAGACAAUUCUCAGUCGGAGUCACUAAGUCGGGUUUCAAAAAGUGCUGCAGAUGAAUGGGCUUCAUCAGAAGAUGAUAAUGAAUCGGUUUUAAUCGAAAAGAAACCACAGAAGGUAAACCUAAGGAAAAUGAUUGCAUCUAAAAGGAGAGAAGCUUCUGCACUGUCUGACAGAUCCUUGAGCGGUACAGAAUCUGAGCCAGAGAGUGAGAAUAGAGUCCAGACAAUUUCAUCCCUCCCAAAGGCUUUACCAUCCAGCAAAGCUCCACAGCGCCCAGUAGAUCCCUCUCCCGCUUCCUUCCUUCCCAAAACACCCCAGAUGACUUCUACCCCUCUUCCAAGCUACGGAAAGAAAGAAGAUUCCACUGAGGAUGAGGAUGAUGAUAAUGACCAAGAGGAGGAGAGAGACGAGGAGGAGAAAGAAGAAGACGACGUCUCCGAUGAAAAUGAUCAACCUGAAGAGAGUGGAGAGUCCCUUGACGCCACUUCACCUGUUCCUGAGGCAGAAGUCUCUAAAGAUAAGAAAAGAGAUUUCCUGUCCGAGCUGGGUCUAGAGAAGGGAGAGGAAGAGCAGGAUUCUUGGGACUCUGAGCCCUACUCUGAAAACCUCAAUAUGCCACAUAAAGAGAAACAAAGGUUGCAUACUCAGGAUCAAGAAGAGAUGUCCACUGUUGAAGAAGAGAUUAAAGAAAACUUGUUUUAUAUCCCCUCUUUUUUAAGAGGGGAAGGAGGCAAUAGGAUGGCAGUCGUAGAGCCUCGGAGGAGCGUAGGCAGGCCAACAGGCAGCCAGGGACAGGUUAGAAACGACAAUAAUGGUGAUAAUAAUGGAGGCGAACAUGCUGAUGAAGAUGAUACUAUACAGAAAGAGACUGAGAAGGCAAAAUGGGAACCACUUCGUGUUUUGAGAAAACUUGAAGGAGAUAACGAACAAAAGACCGACUUAAUGGAAGAGCUUGGUCUGGGUGAUGUUGAUGAUCUUGAAGAUGCAUCAGACUGGGACUCAGCCAGCACUACCAGUAAGAGAACCCUGCCCAGCCGCAGAAUGCCCUCCCCUGGACUUGAGGAGUUCCCAGAAUGCUCCUCUCCAUCUGUCAAAGAGCAGGAUGAAGUCAUUGCUCCAUCAGCCCCCAUGACACCUCAGGGGAGCAUCAACUCCAACAAGACACUGCCCAGCACACCCCCUCAACCACAGCCUCGAGCAAGGAAGAUGGUGCUUCAGAAAUCAGAGAGUGAAGAAGAAUCUGAUUGGGAACCAGACAAUGUCGCGUCCUCUUGCAAUACAGCCAAGAUUGACAAUCGUCUGCAAAACAUAGCUGAGCUUCAGGCAGUGGUUACACCAGGUUCCCCUGAGCUCUCACCGAUGGCAAGAGAUAGUAAAAGUAAUCUAGAGUCUGAAAAGCAGCAACAAAAGAGGAUAGAUGAGGCAGUAGAUACAUGCCAGUUAGAUCUGAACCCAUGUCCAUCUGGCCAUGUGGGCUCUGACGGUGGAGAAAAGGAUAAUGACUUUGAAGAUGAGCGCAGUCCUGCAGAAAGAGAUAAAGUGGGUAAUGUCCCGUGGGAGAAUCGUUAUGAGAAGCUCUGGGUAGAGGUGGAGAAAAGGGAGGUCAAAUCCACCUUCAAGAAUGUUGCUGGUGAACUAAAAGAGAAGUUUGGAGAACUGCUCAAACCAAGACGUUCUACAGAAGAAGAAUUACAGGCCACGGCUGAAUACACUUCUGCAGAAGAAGAGUCAAGUGAUGAAGAUGAAGAAGGGGAAGUCAUUGUGCGCCCCAUGGCCAGAGCGAGGAGUACCGUCCUUCUCACUAUACCUGAGCAGAGGGAGUCUGGACUAGAAGACUCUGUGACGGAGUCAGCCGACAACUCCUUAUGCGAGAACAUGAUGCAGGUCUGCGAGCCCCUGGCUAGUGAGAGCGUCAUGUGUCCAGAGCCAGAUCUACUCACUGAUGAUGUUCUGGAGGAGUCUCUCUCACCUCAACUCGCCACAGCACAAAGAGACAGCUGCUUAUCUCCUGUUAUCACAACUUUUACUGCUAAUCAUACCGUACCCACGUUGGAUGUAGACCAGAGCACAGUCUUAAAAGAUGCGGCCAAACUCGGGCCAUUCCACAAACCACAUCUGGACCUCAUCUGGAAGGACAACGGUGCUAAUGGUGAUGAAGCUGAGAAAAACAAUGCAAGUUCAGAUGAGGAUCCUGAAGAACUCACCAAGUUCAGCAGACGUUCAGCAUCUAUCCAAGGUGUUUCUGAUGAGGAGCUGGAAGAGGACAUGGAAAGAUUUAAACUUGAGGUUGGCAGGGAGACGACAAGGAUUGCUAUGCUAGUGCACAAAUUUAGUACUUCCUGGGAUACUGGUGGAACGGCAUUGGAGGAAGUGGGUCCUGAGAAACCUGAGACCAGAGCAAGAGCUAUUUGCCAGGAACAGCAGCCUGUGGCCACCAAGAGCACCAACGGGACACCAGUGCAAUUGCACCUCCCACUCCAGCAGACCUACAAUAGCAACAGACAGGAGGGCCAAGCUGUAGAGGAGACCUUACAGCUGGAGCUGGUCAGAGGGGCCCAGGGCAGCAGAGCCCCUCAGACCAACACUCAUGUCAAUGGAGAUCCUCUUUCUGUGUUUGAUGAUAGCACUUUAAGUGAAGUGUCGGACGAUGAAGGAAGGUUUCCAACCAGCGGGAAACAGAAAACUGAGAACCCUGAAGUUGAGAUGGCAGAAGACUUUGAUGAACUCACUCAGUCAUCCGACACAGCUACAGAUGACAUUGACUCUCCCACUUCAGGUUAUCGUCACGCAUCCCUCCUCAUUCAGAAGCUGGACUCAGCCACUUUGGACUCGAGAAGCAUGGUGAAACUGCAGAACAUUUUCCACGAAUAUGAGCGCUCCAUCCAAAAGGCAAGGAGUCGCCAUGGGUACCUGGCAGACAAGGUGAGCCAUCUGGAGAUGGAGAGGGCGGAGUUGAAGAGCUCUUUGGAGGAAGUUAAAGAUGUUAAAUCUGCCUUGGAGCGCAACCAGCUGGAACUGCAGACUGAAGUCACAAACCUCAAAUUUCAGCUGAAACAAGAGCAGGAAAAUCGCCGCAACGCCACCAUGAUGUACAACACAACCCGAGAUAAGCUCAGGAGGAUGGAGGAGCAGCAUCAGCUGGAGGUUCAGGAGAGACAAAAGGUGGAGCUCACCCUCAGGAAUCUGGAGCUGGAGAUGAGAACACUGGUCAACAACAUUAAACAGCUCGAAGAGGACCACAGUGAGAGCCAGAGACUGCUGGCUCAGGAGCGCAGUGCUCGGACGCUGCAGGAGAAUCUGCUCAACAGCCAUCUCCGUAAGCAGCAAGAGAUAGAAGACGAGAACAAAAGAAAUAUGAGCAAAAGCAAUGAGGCUUUGUCCCAGCUCACUGAAGCCAGUGACAGGGAGAGGGAGUUGCUCCAGCAGACUGCUACCUUCCAGGAGCAGCUGACCAGCCUGAGAACAGACCUCGAGCGUUCGCAGGCCAACAGCAGUCUCAAAGAGAGCCAUCUUUUGGAAGAGAACGAGGCCCUCAAAGAACAGCUAGAAGACGCUCGUCGAGAUCUCAAACUCAACAGUGAAGCCCUGACCCAAACUGUCUUCAACUGCAAUAACCAGGUGACCACGCUGAAGUCUGAGUUAGCUUUAACAACAACCCGGCUGGAAAAUGAGCGGCAGACUCGCGAAGCACUGGAUGCAGAGGUGGAGUCCACUCGUACCCGCCUGGCUGGAGCCAUGAAGGAGGCAGAGCUUUGCCGGGCAGCUAACACAGACACCGAGAGAGCUCUGCUCCGGGAGAAAGAUGAACACCAGCGUCUUAAAGACCGAUUCGCAGGUGAAGCAGCCAAUCAGCGCGAGGCAGUCAGCACCCUGUCACAGAAGCUGGCCAAGGCAGAGACUCGUGCAAACAGCAUGGAAAAUGAAGUUCAUCGAGCCACACUGCAGCUGACGGAGAAGGGCCUGCUGCUGGAGGUCCUGCAGCGGGAGAAGGACCAGGCAGCUUUACGUGUCAAGGAAUUAGAAGCGGCUCUGCAGGCCGAGAGAGAGCUGGUCAGCCGUGCCGGAGCACGCCAAGAGGCCGCGCAGGAGCGACUUGCCCAAACACAGAGCGAGUGCAUGCUACUGCGGCAACAGCUAGAGGAGGCCCAAAACAAAGGUGUUGCAAAGGAGCGUGCUGUUACAGAUGCCCAAGAGCGCUUCAGUGACAUUCUGUCCAAGCUGCACUCUGACAGCGAAGAGAGAGUGCAACUAGUGGAGGAGAGAAAUAAGGAGCUCGCCAGUAAGGCUGCUGAUCUUCGAGAUCAGAUCUACAAGUUAGAGGAAGAGAAGAGCGAAAGAGAGACAAGUGUAAGGCAGCUGCAGCAGGAGCUAGCUGACUCACUCAAGAAGCUGUCAAUGAGUGAAGCUUCUCUGGAGGUCAAUACACGCUAUCGUAAUGACCUGGAAGAGGAGAAGGCUCGCCUCUUUAAAGACUUGGACAGGCUCAAAGGAAAGCUGGAGGAAAGCGAAGACCAGUAUGUGCAGGCGGAGAGACGUAUUAACAGUCUAAAGAGCUGUCUGGAUGAAAAGGAGAAGCAACUCGCCACUGCUGCUCAGAAACAGCAGGAGGUGCUGUCCGCCUUAGCAGUUUCUGAUACCACCAUCAAACAGCUGGAGGAAGCUGUGCAAAGGCUCGAGAUAGAGAACGCCAGGCUGGAAGCUGCUGCAAAGCAACAGUCCAACAAAAUUGAUGCACUUCAGAAAGGGGCUCAGGAAUUUGCCAUGCUAUCUGAUCGCUCACCUGGAGGAGGGGUUGGUAUUGUGGAUGUCCGAGGUCAUUUGGAGGACUUGGUUACAAACCUCCAAAGCAGUAAGAUGACUUUGGAAGACCAACUCAGUCGAGAGGUCCAGAAGCAAAGCAUGCUGUCUCACACAGCCCAUGACUCCCAGGCCUUGUGGGAGGAGGAGCUGAAGAGCCGCUCUAAGUUAGGACUGCGCCUGGCAGAGCUUGAAAAGGAAAAAGGAGACCUGAGCACCCAGAUGGAAAUGGAAAAGAAGAAAGCCAAGAAAAUAGCAGAGCAGAAGAAGGCUGUGGACACCCGGCUGGAUCAAGAGAUGAAGAGAAACACAGAGCUCCAAAAAGAAAUGUACAGGUUGCGUACUGUAUUGAAGACUGCAAAGAAGAAAUUGCGGGAUCAGGACACAGGUGGAGCAGAAUUUGGCUCUCCUAUGAGCAGUCUACGGGUGGACCAAGGCAGACACAGCCAAGCAGAGGGUGCCCUUGGACGAUUGAAAGAAAAGGUGGAUGAUCUGCAGAUGCAACUGGAAAAGGAAGGGUCCCGUCGCAGCCAGCUAGAGAAGGUGAACGGGGACCUUAAGGAUCAGCUGGCCUCCCUGAAGAGCUUGAGCCGCAGUAAUGAGCACCUGGAGAGGGGUAAGAGGCAGCUGGAGGAGGAAGUGCUGGACCUGAGACAUCGAAUGGAGGCCGCUCAGAUGGAGCAGAGCCAGGUGGAGCAGUACCGCCGUGACGCAGAGGAGCGGGCCCGUCAGGAGAUCCAACAGAAACUGGAGCAGGUCAACAUCUUCCUGCAGUCGCAGGCAGCAUCCCAGGAAGCAUUGGAUCAGAUUAAAGCGACCAAUGAGACCAACCUGCGUUCCCAGCUGGAGCAGAAGAUCCGGGAGCUGGAGGGGGAACUGGGCCGGGUCCGCACCACCCAUCAUGACAGCCUCAACCAAAGAGAAUCCACACGCACGGAGCUAGAGCGAUACCGCCAGCUCUACACAGAGGAGCUGCGUGGCCGCAAGUCCCUGGCUGCCAAACUAGAGAGGGCCAACAGUCGUCUCGCAGAAGCCAAUUCUAAGUUGCUCAACGAGCGCAGCAGGUCUCUGAUCACCAGCAGCAUCGCAAACGGUAGCCUUGGAGGGCCCUCGCUGGACCUGGGCUCUUUGGGUUCCCCAGCACACUACGGGGCCACACUGGGGCCCCUCAACAGGAGCCUAGGCUUGGGACUCUCCCUCCUCAGCCCUGUAACUGAGGGGCAGAACAGCCGGGUGGAGGACUACCUUGCCAAGAUGCAGAGUGAGUUGGAUAGAAACAUAUCAAAGGAAUUAAACAAUGCCACAGCAGAGCUGGACUCGGCUUCAGCGCGGAUGUCACCGGUGGGCUCCGCCUCCAGGGUGGAGCUUGACCCCGUCAGCAGGGCCACGCAGCAGUACUUGGAGGUACUCAAGAAGAACAAUAUGAUCUGAACACACAUCACAGCUGCCCACAUUCAUACGUUGUAUUUCAGCCAAUUAAAAUCCUGACUGAACCAAGGCCAAAGCCACUGCCCAGUCAUAUAACACUAAGAAUCAACUUUGUAUGUAUUUACUCUUCCUUCUUUUAUGAAAGAAAGCAAACAUAUUGCACAUUGCACUUAACCACUCAGGAGCAAAGGG